GGAGCGCUGCAGCCGCAGCCGCUGCUCUGCAGAGCGGGGCCCGGGGUCGGGGCUGGGGCGCCCUCGCUCGCGCCGCGUCCCGCCGCUAUGAGCCAGGGCAGCCCGGGGGCCCGCGACCCCGCCCCCGAGCCCGCGGCCGCCCCCAACCCCUUCGUGCACGAGCUGCACCUCUCCCGUCUGCAGAGGGUGAAGUUCUGCCUCCUGGGGGCACUAUUGGCCCCCAUCCGAGUGCUCCUGGCCUUUAUUGUCCUCUUUCUCCUCUGGCCCUUCGCCUGGCUGCAAGUAGCUGGUCUUACGGAGGAGCAGCUGCAGGAGCCAAUUACUGGAUGGAGGAAGACUGUGUGCCACAAUGGGGUGCUGGGCCUCAGCCGCCUGCUCUUUUUCCUGCUGGGCUUCCUUCGAAUUCGUGUCCGGGGCCAGCGGGCCUCUCGCCUUCAGGCCCCUGUCCUUGUUGCUGCUCCCCACUCCACUUUCUUCGACCCCAUCGUUCUGCUGCCCUGUGAUCUGCCCAAGGUUGUGUCCCCCGAGAACCUUUCUGUGCCUGUAAUUGGAGCCCUUCUUCGCUUCAACCAAGCCAUCCUCGUGUCCCGGCAUGACCCAGCGUCUCGGCGCAGAGUGGUGGAGGAGGUCCGAAGACGGGCUACCUCCGGAGGCAAGUGGCCCCAGGUACUAUUCUUUCCUGAGGGCACCUGUUCCAACAAGAAGGCUUUGCUCAAGUUCAAGCCAGGAGCCUUCAUCGCCGGGGUUCCUGUACAGCCCGUCCUCAUCCAAUACCCCAACAGUCUGGAUACCACCAGCUGGGCAUGGAGGGGCCCUGGAGUACUGAAGGUCUUGUGGCUCACAGCCUCUCAGCCCUGCAGCAUCGUGGACGUGGAGUUCCUGCCUGUAUACCACCCCAGCCCAGAGGAGAGCGGGAACCCCACCCUGUAUGCCAACAACGUCCAGAGGGUGAUGGCACAGGCCCUGGGCAUUCCAGCCACCGAGUGUGAGUUUGUAGGCAGCUUGCCUGUGAUUGUGGUGGGCCGGCUGAAGGUGGCACUGGAGCCACAGCUCUGGGAACUGGGAAAGGUGCUUCGGAAGGCCGGGCUGUCCCCUGGCCGUGUGGAUGCCGGGGCAGAGCCAGGCCGCAGCCGGAGAAUCAACCAGGAGGAGUUUGCCAAGCAGCUCCAGCUCUCUGACCCACAGACAGCGGCUGGGGCCUUCAGCUACUUCCAGCAGGAUGCCGAGGGUUUGGUGGACUUUCGAGAUGUGGCUUUGGCACUGGCAGCUCUGGAUGGGGGCAGGAGCCUGGAGGAGCUGAUGCGCCUGGCCUUUGAGCUCUUUGCCGAGGAGCAAGUGGAGGAGGCGGGCCGGCUGCUGUACAAAGACGGCUUCAGCACCAUCCUGCACCUGCUGCUGGGGUCACCCCGCCCCGCCGCUGCGACUUUGCAUGCCGAGCUGUGCCAGGCGGGACCCCGCCAAGGCCUUUCCCUCUGUCAGUUCCAGGACUUCUCCCUCCAUGACCCGCUCCACGGGACACUCCUCCACACCUACCUGCGCCCGUCCCGGAAGCCACCUGCCUCUUUCCCCAGCAGCCCCGCUGCUCUGGCCAAUGGGACUGUGCCAGUGCCCAAGCCAAAGGGUGACUGAGCACCUCCGCCUACCAGCUCACCUUGGCCUGCUCUCUCUGGGCCUCAAGCCCACUUCUGCUCCUGCUUGAUUUUUUCGUUAUUGUUGUUUAAGUUUUUUCUGUUUUUUUUUUUUUUGUAAGAA